AUGGAAGAGACAUUCCAAAAUGUGAAGUUCGAGGACAUUAUUGAUCAAAUAGGUGGCAAUGGAAAGUUUCAACAACAACAUAACAUAAUUUUCAUAUGUUUAUCUGGCAUUUUUAUGGCAAUGAUAAUCUACAGCAAAAUGUUAGCUGUUACAAUUCCUGAUCACUGGUGUUAUGUACCAGGAAGAGAGGAGGCAAAUGUAAGCAGAGACAUCUGGAAGAACAUGACAAUUCCUAGGAAUGGAGAGACCUACAGUAAAUGCCUCAUGUACAACAAUUCAGAUGAAAAUAAUGAGACAAUUCCAUGCAUUUAUGGCUGGGAAUAUGAUGACACUUGGUUCUCCCUCACUGCUGCAUCACAAGAAAACUGGGUGUGUGACAAAGCAAUAUAUGCUCAUACAUCACUUUCACUGACCCUCUUGUUCUCAACAGUUAUUGGAAUAGCAUUCUUCUAUAUUGGAGAUAGGUUUGGUAGGAGAAAGCAAUACAUUUUCAGCACAAGUCUGGCAAACAUAUGCCGAGGAGUGCUGCCAUUUAUAGUUUCUGUAUAUCCACUCUUUAUUGCAGCAUCAGCAGUAGCUGCAGGAGCUGCAAUGCCUGCUACAGAAUCUGCCCUUGCUAUUGGAAUAGAAUUAUGUGGCGUCAAGCAUCGAUCAGCCAACAACUUUAGAUCGUCUCUCUGUUUUGCUUUUGGAUUUAUCACCAUAAUAUUGCUAGCUUGGCUUUUGAGAAACUGGAUUUAUUUCAUACUUAUUACAGCAGUUUUGAGCUGCAUCCCAUUAUUGUUUGUCAGGUACCUACCAGAGUCUCCACGUUGGCUUGUUGCCAAAGGAUAUCCAGAGGAUGCUCUUAAAGUGCUUCAGAAAGUGGCUUCAGCCAAUGGCACAGAAUUGCCAAAUGAUACCCACACCAAGCUAAAAUGCUUGUCUGACCAAAGAACAGAAAAAAUGGGUUUGAAGACCUUAUUUGUGAACAGAGUGUUGUUUAGAAAUACACUUCUUCUCAUUUGGGACAGGGCAGCUGCAGGAUUUACUAUGCUUACUCUGCUGCUGAGUGAUAAGACUUUUGGAGGAAAUCCUUUUGUUCCUUUUAUUGGACAAGCAUCUCUUCAUAUACCAGCCAUAAGUCUGUCCCAUUAUGUUGGCAACAAAUUUGGAAGAAGAUGUUCACAUUUAUUUAUAGUGCUAACUGCUGCUAUUGUAUCCUUCCUUACUGUCUGCUCAAUCACAGUCUCUUCACCACAGUGGGUGAUAACUACCAGCUCUCUGUUUAUUCAGUUCUGUAAUCAAGCUUCGCUCUCACUCACAAACUUACAGAGCAUGGAGAUACAUCCAACAUGUGUUAGACAAAUCAGUGUGGCCAUGGAAUACAUGGUUUCAAAUGCCAUUAGUUGUGUGGCUCCAUAUGUCGCAUAUGUGGGAACAGAAAUUGAGCUCCGCUACAUGUUCGGUAUACUUGGAACUACAAUGCUUUUUACUUCACUUUCAAUAUCAUUUCUGCCAGAAUCUUUGAAUCAGAAGCUUCCAGAGACAAUAGAGGAUGCUACUGCAUAUGGUCAGAGGCAGAAAUAUUGGAGACUUUCACAAAAGAAACAUUGUGAAAUAGAAACUGCUAACUUACGUUCAUCUGAUCCUCCAAGCUGACAAUUUUCAUACAAGA